CCCAAUUCCAUACCACCACCACAAUGGUCAAGAUCAUUUUCGGAGGCUUCGGUCUCUCCGACCAGGCAUACUUCAACACACCCGAAGUGCGCAGUCAGGUCAUCGACACGCUCCUCAGCAACGGCAUCAAGAACAUUGACACAGCACGCAUAUACCCCGGUUCCGAAGAAGCCAUUGGCAAGCUCGAGAAGCGCAAGGAAUUCACCAUUGACACCAAGCUCCCCGGCGGCUUUGGCCCCGGCACCGCCACCAAAGACGGCGCCAUCAACGACUCGCAAGACUCGCUGAAGCGCCUGCAGCUGGACCAAGUCGACAUUCUGUACAUCCACGCUCCCGAAACCAGCAUCCCCAUUGAAGAGACGCUCGAGGGCAUCAACGAAGCCUACAAGAAGGGCGUGUUCCGCCGGUUCGGCCUAAGCAACUACGCCGCCGAGCAGGUGCAGCAGAUCUACGACAUCUGCAAGGCCAAGGGCUACCCGCUGCCGCAGGUGUUCCAGGGCAACUACAACCCCGUCGCACGCCACUACGAGGCGCAGCUCUUCCCCACGCUGCGCAAGCUCGGCAUCCAUUUCUACGCCUACUCGCCGCUGGCCGGCGGCUUCCUGACCAAAACAACGGCCGACCUGGAUGCCGGCGGCGGCCGCUUCAACAAGGACGCCCUCGGCGGCUUGUACAGCAAGCUCUACGACCACGAGCCCCUGCGCCAGGCCCUCACCAAGUGGAACGAAAUCGCAGAGAAGGAAGGCGUGUCCAAAGCCGAACUCGCCUACCGCUGGGUCGCCCAUCACAGCGCCCUGCAGGGCGACGACGACGGCGUCAUUUUCGGUGCCAGCAAGCCCGCGCAGGUCGAGCAAACUGCCCAGGGCAUCAAGAAGGGCAAACUCAGCGAUGAGGCUGUAAAGGGCAUCGACGAGAUUUGGGAGAGCGUCAAGAGUGUUGCUCCUGUGGAUAACUAUCAUUCUAGGUAGAGGGUGGGAUUGUUGCUGGAAAGACAACUGUGGCUUGUGGAAUGAGGCAUACAAAAUAGAUAUACUACAGUACAAUGAAUGAAUGAAUGAAUGAAUGGAUAAAUCAAUAAAUGAAUAAAUGGAU